AUGCAGGUCGACAGCCUCAAAAAUCUUCAAACUAAAAUGAGGAAUGAUGAAAGAAACCACUCGUUGACAAAAAAGUAUUUAACUGAUGAUAUUGUCAACAAGUAUCAAGCAACGAAAACAAGUUUGGGUGGUACACUAGCUCAAUGCGUAAAUACAAAUGCGCAUAAUCCUGGAGCCCUGUUACCACGAGCAUGCGACCUAAAUGCAUACGAGACGUUCAAGGAUUUCUUUGAUGCUGUAAUUGCUGACUACCACAAGGUUCCAGAUGGUAAAAUUCAUCAUCCGAAGUCAAACUUUGGUGAUAUCAAAAGCCUAUCAUUUUCUGAUUUGAGCACCUAUGGAAAUUUGGUUGUAUCCACCAGAGUACGCCUUGGCAGGACAGUUGAAGGAUUCGGCUUUGGACCUACUCUUACUAAGGAAACUCGAAUUGAGUUAGAGAAAAAGAUUUCUACUGCCCUAAAGGGUUUAACUGGAGAAUAUGAAGGCACUUAUUACCCCUUGACCAAUAUGAAAGAAGAGGAUAGAGUCCAACUAGUGAACGAUCAUUUCCUCUUCAGAAAUGAUGACAGUGUGCUAAGAGACGCUGGUGGAUACAUCGACUGGCCUAAUGGUCGUGGUAUAUUUAUCAAUAAACAAAGGAACUUUUUGGUAUGGAUCAAUGAAGAAGAUCACAUUCGCGUUAUCUCAAUGCAAAAAGGUGGUGAUCUAAUUGAAGUUUACAAGCGUUUAGCUGGAGCAAUACAAGAAUUGUCGAAAUCACUGAAAUUCGCCUUUAGUGAUCGUUUUGGUUUCAUCACAUUCUGCCCAUCGAACUUAGGUACUACAUUAAGAGCUAGCGUCCAUGCAAAAGUGCCAAUGCUUGCUUCAUUGCCUAAUUUCAAGGAAAUAUGUGAGAAGCAUGGUAUUCAAGCUCGUGGUACUCAUGGUGAACAUACAGAAUCAGUCGGUGGUAUCUACGACUUGAGCAAUAAACGUCGUCUUGGUCUUACUGAACUUGAAGCUGUAACUGAAAUGCACACUGGUGUUCGUGCUCUCCUUGAACUUGAAAUUAUGCUGCAAGAAUACAACAAAGGCGCACCAGCUGGAGUUAUGCCAGUUGAACCUUUAACUUAUCUGGCAAAACUUUUGGAAGGUGCUCCAAUUGAGAAGUGUUACACUCGAAAAUGUUUAACUCCUGAAAUCAUUAAGAAAUACGAUGGAAAACGAACUACUCAUGGUGCUACUCUAGCACAUAUGAUACGUAACUGUGCAUACAACCAUCGUUCUAUAUGCCCAAGAACUGGUGAAGCCGAGUGCUAUUCAACAUUUGUUGAUUACUUGGAUCCAUUGAUUUGUGCAUAUCAUAAUGUCAAAGAUCCUGCAUUUAAACAUCCUGCACCAACAUUUGGUGAUUUGUCAAAACUUCCAUUCGGUGAUCUUGAUCCGUCUGGUAAAUAUAUUGUGUCAACACGUGUUCGUGUUGGCCGUAGUGUUGAAGGCUUUUUAUUCCCAACUAUUAUGAGUAAAGAAGAACGUAUAAAGCUGGAACAGGUUAUCUCUGGUGCAUUGAAAGGAUUGACCGGUGAACAUGCUGGAACAUAUUACCCAUUAACUAACAUGAAAGAACAGGAUAGAAAACAAUUAGUUGAAGAUCAUUUCUUGUUUAAAAAUGAUGAUCCUGUUUUACGCGAUGCUGGUGGUUAUCGUGACUGGCCUACUGGACGCGGAAUUUUCCACAACAAUGCAAAAACUUUCCUUGUUUGGGUUUGUGAAGAAGAUCACAUGAGAAUUAUUUCAAUGCAAAAAGGCGGAGAUUUAGCUAGCGUCUACAAACGCCUGAUUGAAGGAAUUAACGCCAUCGGAAAGAGUAUGAAAUUUGCACACAGUGAUAAAUAUGGUUACAUCACUUGUUGUCCAUCCAACCUGGGUACAUCUAUGCGUGCCAGUGUAUUGUUGAAGAUACCAAAACUUAGUGCUCAACAGAAAAAGUUAGAUGAAGUCUGUGCACAAUAUAUGCUACAAGCUAGAGGUUUAUACGGGGAACAUACAGAAUCACCAGAUGGAACAUAUGAUAUCAGUAAUAAACGUCGUCUUGGCUUGACUGAAUUACAAGCUGCUCAAGAAAUGGCUGAAGGUGUGGCUAAAAUGAUUGAAAUUGAAAAAGGAUUGUAA